GAGGUAGGACCAAGUUAGAAAGGUACGCGUCCCCUUUAAACACCUCCCCCUGCCCUUUCCCACGUGGUGCAGGGCUUGGGCGGGGAUUCUGCGAUGAAUCUCUUCUCUUUCUGCCGUGGUGUAGAGGAGCCGUAUGGGAAGUGAGACAAUGCCUAAGUCAAAGGAACUUGUGUCUUCAAGCUCAUCUGCCAGUGAUUCAGAUAGUGAAGUUGACAAAAAGGCAAAGCGGAAAAAGCAAGUAGCUCCAGAAAAGCCUGUUAAGAAACAAAAGACUGGUGAAAGUUCAAAAGGUGCAGCUUCUUCUAAGCAAAGCAGUAACAGAGAUGAGAAUAUGUUUCAGAUUGGCAAAAUGAGGUAUGUCAGUGUUCGUGACUUUAAAGGAAAAGUCUUAAUUGAUAUUAGGGAAUAUUGGAUGGAUCAAGAAGGUGAAAUGAAGCCUGGCAGAAAAGGUAUUUCUUUAAAUCCAGAACAGUGGAACCAGCUGAAAGAACAGAUUUCUGAUAUUGAUGAUGCAGUGAGAAAACUGUAAAUACAGAGCUAUACAGAAACCUUUUAUCAUUUCAGUUGUUUUAGGUGGUCUUUUUACAUUGGCAUUUGUUUUCUAAAAUAUUGUUUUCCAAGCUAUUGUAUAUUUAUUUGGAUUGCUAAAUGAUUUGUAAAAUGAAUACUUUAUGUGCAUUAAAAGUGUAUUCUGAAUGAGGCUAUUUGUGUAUACAUUACUAAAAGGAAAUGUGUUGCUUUCACCUCAUAGUAUAAAAUAAAAAAAUCAAAUAAUAUGUAAAGCAUAGAUGUUUAUGGCCUUUUGAUUGAAGAUGCUGGUAAGGUUGCCUAAUAGCUUUAAUUAUGGUUUUAGUUUAAUUGACCAUUAAUAUGAUAUUUUUUCCUGAGGAGAUUUCCUUAAAUGUCUCCAUUUUAAUGUUUUUUUUCUUUUAUUUCAUACCCUUUGGUAUUGCCCUGGCAGCUUUUAGCUUUAAGACUUAAUACAAACAGUGAAUACCUGGUAAAACACAUUUUUGUAGAUAAUUUUAAAUACUGUAUUUGCUAAUUUACUGUAUUUAUUCAAAUGUAAACAGUCCUGAGUAUAUAGACUAUUUUGCAUUACUUGCAUGAAGUGUUAUGCUAAACAAUAACAUUUGAAAACAAGCCACACACUAGUUCUUCCCAUUUUUCUAUAGCUUGAUUGACUUAGAAAAUACAGUUAGCUUUUGUUCUUAGACCCUAGAUUUUGAAUGUGAUCGUGACAGGACCUUUCACCCCCUGACACAGCAAAAGGCCUCUCUACUUUCCCCAUGGCUAAGCUAGGCCAGAAUGGUUUGUCUUGUGAUGAAUUAUCUCAUCUGAAAACACCCUUAGUCAGCAAUAAACAUCCUUCCUUGAAUGAUGGGAAAGGAUAAGCCACAAAUAAGUGACUGACAGACAAGCACUUUUUACAACUAUACAAGACCACUGUGACUUUCAUGAAAUCAGAAAUCUCUUAUACAUUUUCUGAGUGUGUAGAGAGUUUUCAACGUGGAGACGUUCGCCUUGAGAUACUUCCCUGGGAUUGAGAGUAAUUAGGAGAUUCUUUGCACACCACCAUCAUUUGUUGGUAAGUGACAUUGGCUCCUAAUCUAUACUAUUUCUUCACUAGUUGUAACAUAGGUUCCUUUAUUAUUGUGCACUGUAUUUUAUCUACUAGUAGUUCUUUUUGUGUUAUCCUGUGUAGUAAGUAGUCUGUUUAAAGUCUUAUGUCUGUUUUCCUUGGCCUGUUCAAUAAAUGAUUCAUGUUGUAA